ACCACAGCUACUCCCACAACAACCACAACUGCUCCAACAACAACCACAGAAUCUACCACAACAACCACCACAACAACCACAGCUGCUCCCACAACAACCACAGCUGCUCCCACAACAACCACAGCUGCUCCCACAACAACCACAGCUGCCCCCACAACAAACACAGCGGAUCCCACAACAACCACAGCUACUCCCACAACAACCACAACUGCUCCAACAACAACCACAGAAUCUACCACAACAACCACAGCCACAACAACCACAGCUACUCCCACAACAACCACAGCUGCUCCCACAACAACCACAGCUGCUCCCACAACAAACACAGCUGCUCCCACAACAACCACAGCUACUCCCACAACAACCACAACUGCUCCAACAACAACCACAGAAUCUACCACAACAACCACAACAACUACAACUGAGGCUACAACAACCACAGAUACUCCAACGACAACCACAGCUGCUCCCACAACAACCACUUCUCCUCCAGCAACAACCACAGCUGCUCUCAAAACCACCACAGCUGCUGCCCCAACAACCACAUCUGCUCCAAGAACAACAACAGCUGCUCUGACCACAGUUACAACUGGUUAUUCAACCACUAUCACAACACCGGCCGCUCCACCACCAGAGGUGAAAUGCUUCCACAACAAAAACAUCUGUUCCCACAACAACGCCACCUGCUCCGACGAAAACCCCAGAUGUUCCAACAACAACCACAGCUGCUCCAACAACAAUCCCAGCUGCUCCCAUAUCAACCACAGCUGCUCUCCCAACAACCGCAGCCUCACCCACAACAAACACAGCGGCUCCCACAACCACCCCAGCUGCUCCCACAACAACCACAGUCGCUACUUCCAAAACCCCAGCUGCUCCAACAACAACCUCAGCUGUUCCCACAACAACCACAGCUGCUCCCACAACAACCACAGAAUCUCCCACAACAACCACAGCUGCUCCCACAACAACCAUAGCUGCUCUCACAACAAAAACAGCUGCUCCCACAACAACCACAGCAACUCCAACAACAACCACAGCUUAUCCCACAACAACGACAGCUGCUUACACAACAUCAUCAGGUGCACCCACAACAACCACAGCCAUCCCCACAACACCCAUAGCUUCUCCAACAGCAACCAUAGAAGGUCCAACGACAACUACAAUUGGGGCAACAACAACCACAGCUUCAAAAACAACCACAGCUGUUCCCACAACAACCACAGCUUCAAAAACAACCACAGCUGUUCCAACAACAACCACAACUGCUCCCACAACAAACACAGAUAUGUCCACAACAACCACAGCCAUCCCCUCAACACUCACUGCUGCUUCCACAACAACCACAGCAGCUCCAACGACAACUACAAUUGGGGCUACAACAACCACAAAUACUCCAACAACAACCAAAACUGCUCCCACAUCAACUACAGCUCCUCCAACAACAACCAGAGCUGUUCCCACAACAACCAGAGCUGUUCCCACAACAACCACAGCUGCUCCCACAACAACCACAGCUGCUCCCACAACAACCACAGCGGUUCCCACAACAACCACAGAUACUUCAACAACAACCCCAGAUAUUCCAACAACAACCACAUCUGCUCCAACAACGACCACAGCUUCUCCCACAACAACCAUACAAGCUCCAACGACAACUACAAUUCAGGCUACAACAACCACAGAUACUCCAACAACAACCACAACUGCUCCCACAUCAACCACACCUUCUGCAACAACAACCCCAGCUGUUCCCACAACAACCACAGCUGUUCCCACAACAACCACAGCUGUUCCCACAACAACCACAGCUGCUCCAACAACAACCAGAGCUGUUCCCACAACAACCACAGCUGUUCCACAACAACCACAACUGCUCCCACAACAACAUCAGCGGUUCCCACAACAACCACAGAUACUUCAACAACAACCCCAGAUGUUCCAACAACAACAACCACAUCUGUUCCAACAACAACCGCAGUUUUUCCCACAACAACCAUACAAGUUCCAACAACAACUACAAUUGGGGCUACAACAACCACAGAUACUCCAACCUCAACCAAAACUGCUCCCACAUCAACUAAAUCUCCUCCAACAACAACCACAACUGCUCGCACAACAACCACAUCCUUCCCCACAACACCCAAAUCUGCUCCCACAACAACCACAGCAGCUCCAAUGACAACUACAAUUGGGGCUAAAGCAACCACAGAUUCUCCAACGACAACCACAGCAAACCCCACAACAACGACAGCAACUUACACAACAUCCUCAGUUGCUCCCACAACAACCACAGCUGCUCCCACAACAAACACAGCGGCUCCCACAACAACCACAGCUGCUCCCUCAACAAACACAGCUAAUCCAACAAUAACCCCAGCUGCUCUCAUAACAACCACAGCUGCUCUUACAGCAACCACAGCUACUCCCAAAACAACCACAGCUGCUCUCACAACAACCACAGCUGCUCCCACAACAACCACAGCUGCUCCAACAACAACCACAGCUUCUCCCACAACAACCAUACAAGCUCCAACGACAACUACAAUUGGGGCUACAACAACCACAGAUACUCCAACAACAACCCAAACUGCUCCCACAUCAACCACACCUUCUCCAACAACAACCACAGCUGCUCGCACAACAACCACAUCCUUCCCCACAACACCCACAUCUGCUCCCACAACAACCACAGAAUCUCCCACAACAACUACAGUUGCUGCCACAACAACCACAGCUGCUCCAACGACAAUCACAGCUGCUCCCAUAUCAACGACAGCUGCUCUCCCAACAACCGCAGCCUCUCCCACAACAAACACAGCGGCUCCCACAACAACCACAGCUGCUCCAACAACAACCACAGAAUCUCCCACAACAACCACAGUCACGACUUCAAAACCACAGAAUCUCCCACAGCAACCACAGCUGCUCUCACAACAACCACAGCUGCCCCAAAACAACCACAGCUGCUCCCACAACAACUACAGCUGCUCUCACAACAACCACAUCUGCUCCCACAACAACCACAGCUGCUCCCACAACAACCACAGCUGUUCCCAGAACAACCACAACUGCUCCCACAACAACCACAGCUGCUCCCACAACAACCACAGCGGUUCCACAACAACCACAGAUACUUCAACAACAACCCCAGAUAUUCCAACAACAACCACAUCUGCUCCAACAACGACCACAGCUGCUCCCACAACAACCACAGCGGUUCCCACAACAACCACAGAUACUUCACCAACAACCACAGAUACUCCAACAACAACCACAACUGCUCCCACAUCAACCACACCUUCUGCAACAACAACCCCAGCUGCUCCAACAACAACCUCAGCUCCUCCAACAACAACCACAACUGCUCGCACAACAACCACAUCCUUCCCCACAACACCCAAAUCUGCUCCCACAACAACCAUAGCAGCUCCAAUGACAACUACAAUUGGGGCUACAGCAACCACAGAUACUCCAACGACAACCACAGUUGCUCCCAAAACAACCACAGCUGCUCCCACAACAACCACAGCUACUCCCAUAUCAACGACAGCUGCUCUUCCAACAACCGCAGCCUCUCCCACAACAAACACAGCGGCUCCCACAACAACCACAGCUGCUCCAACAACAACCACAGAAUCUCCCACAACAACCACAGUCACGACUUCAAAAACCACAGAAUCUCCCACAGCAACCACAGCUGCUCUCACAACAACCACAGCUGCCCCAAAAACAACCACAGCUGCUCCCACAACAACUACAGCUGCUCUCACAACAACCACAUCUGCUCCCACAACAACCACAGCUGCUCCCACAACAACCACAGCUGUUCCCAGAACAACCACAACUGCUCCCACAACAACCACAGCUGCUCCCACAACAACCACAGCGGUUCCCACAACAACCACAGAUACUUCAACAACAACCCCAGAUAUUCCAACAACAACCACAUCUGCUCCAACAACGACCACAGCUGCUCCCACAACAACCACAGCGGUUCCCACAACAACCACAGAUACUUCACCAACAACCACAGAUACUCCAACAACAACCACAACUGCUCCCACAUCAACCACACCUUCCGCAACAACAACCCCAGCUGCUCCAACAACAACCUCAGCUCCUCCAACAACAACCACAACUGCUCGCACAACAACCACAUCCUUCCCCACAACACCCAAAUCUGCUCCCACAACAACCAUAGCAGCUCCAAUGACAACUACAAUUGGGGCUACAGCAACCACAGAUACUCCAACGACAACCACAGUUGCUCCCAAAACAACCACAGCUGCUCCCACAACAACCACAGCUACUCCCAUAUCAACGACAGCUGCUCUCCCAACAACCGCAGCCUCUCCCACAACAAACACAGCGGCUCCCACAACAACCACAGCUGCUCCAACAACAACCACAGAAUCUCCCACAACAACCACAGUCACGACUUCAAAAACCACAGAAUCUCCCACAGCAACCACAGCUGCUCUCACAACAACCACAGCUGCCCCAAAAACAACCACAGCUGCUCCCACAACAACUACAGCUGCUCUCACAACAACCACAUCUGCUCCCACAACAACCACAGCUGCUCCCACAACAACCACAGCUGUUCCCAGAACAACCACAACUGCUCCCACAACAACCACAGCUGCUCCCACAACAACCACAGCGGUUCCCACAACAACCACAGAUACUUCAACAACAACCCCAGAUAUUCCAACAACAACCACAUCUGCUCCAACAACGACCACAGCUGCUCCCACAACAACCACAGCGGUUCCCACAACAACCACAGAUACUUCACCAACAACCACAGAUACUCCAACAACAACCACAACUGCUCCCACAUCAACCACACCUUCUGCAACAACAACCCCAGCUGCUCCAACAACAACCUCAGGUGUUCCCACAACAACCACAGCUGUUCCCACAACAACCACAGCUGCUCCAACAACAACCAGAGCUGUUCCCACAACAACCACAGCUGUUCCCACAACAACCACAACUGCUCCCACAACAACCACAGCUGCUCCCACAACAACAUCAGCGGUUCCCACAACAACCCCAGAUGUUCCAACAACAACCACAUCUGUUCCAACAACAACCGCAGUUUUUCCCACAACAACCAUACAAGUUCCAACGACAACUACAAUUGGGGCUACAACAACCACAGAUACUCCAACCUCAACCAAAACUGCUCCCACAUCAACUACAGCUCCUCCAACAACAACCACAACUGCUCGCACAACAACCACAUCCUUCCCCACAACACCCAAAUCUGCUCCCACAACAACCAUAGCAGCUCCAAUGACAACUACAAUUGGGGCUACAGCAACCACAGAUACUCCAACGACAACCACAGUUGCUCCCAAAACAACCACAGCUGCUCCCACAACAACCACAGCUACUCUCACAACAACCACAGCUGCUCCCACAACAACCACACCUGCUCCCACAACAACCACACCUGCUCCCACAACAAACACAGCGGCUCCCACAACAACCACAGCUGCUCCCUCAACAAACACAGCUAAUCCAACAAUAACCCCAGCUGCUCUCAUAACAACCACAGCUGCUCUUACAGCAACCACAGCUACUCCCAAAACAACCACAGCUGCUCUCACAACAACCACAGCUGCUCCCACAACAACCACAGCUGCUCCAACAACAACCACAGCUUCUCCCACAACAACCAUACAAGCUCCAACGACAACUACAAUUGGGGCUACAACAACCACAGAUACUCCAACAAUAACCCAAACUGCUCCCACAUCAACCACACCUUCUCCAACAACAACCACAGCUGCUCGCACAACAACCACAUCCUUCCCCACAACACCCACAUCUGCUCCCACAACAACCACAGAAUCUCCCACAACAACCACAGUUGCUGCCACAACAACCACAGCUGCUCCAACGACAAUCACAGCUGCUCCCAUAUCAACGACAGCUGCUCUCCCAACAACCGCAGCCUCUCCCACAACAAACACAGCGGCUCCCACAACAACCACAGCUGCUCCAACAACAACCACCGAAUCUCCCACAACAACCACAGUCACGACUUCAAAAACCACAGAAUCUCCCACAACAACCACAGCUACUCUCACAACAACCACAGCUGCUCCCACAACAACCACACCUGCUCCCACAACAACCACACCUGCUCCCACAACAACCACAGCUGCUCCAACAACAACCAUAGCUAAUCCGACAACCACGACUGCUACUUACACAACAUCCUCAGGUGUUCCCACAACAACCACAGUUGCUCCCACAACAACCACAGCUGCUCCCACAACAAACACAGCAGCUCCCACAACAACCACAGUUGCUCCCAAAACAACCACAGCUGCUCCCACAACAACCACAGCUACUCUCACAACAACCACAGCUGCUCCCACAACAACCACACCUGCUCCCACAACAACCACAGCUGCUCCAACAACAACCAUAGCUAAUCCGACAACCACGACUGCAACUUACACAACAUCCUCAGGUGUUCCCACAACAACCACAGUUGCUCCCACAACAACCACAGCUGCUCCCACAACAAACACAGCGGCUCCCACAACAACCACAGCUGCUCCCUCAACAAACACAGCUAAUCCAACAAUAACCCCAGCUGCUCUCAUAACAACCACAGCUGCUCUUACAGCAACCACAGCUACUCCCAAAACAACCACAGCUGCUCUCACAACAACCACAGCUGCUCCCACAACAACCACAGCUGCUCCAACAACAACCACAGCUUCUCCCACAACAACCAUACAAGCUCCAACGACAACUACAAUUGGGGCUACAACAACCACAGAUACUCCAACAACAACCCAAACUGCUCCCACAUCAACCACACCUUCUCCAACAACAACCACAGCUGCUCGCACAACAACCACAUCCUUCCCCACAACACCCACAUCUGCUCCCACAACAACCACAGAAUCUCCCACAACAACCACAGUUGCUGCCACAACAACCACAGCUGCUCCAACGACAAUCACAGCUGCUCCCAUAUCAACGACAGCUGCUCUCCCAACAACCGCAGCCUCUCCCACAACAAACACAGCGGCUCCCACAACAACCACAGCUGCUCCAACAACAACCACCGAAUCUCCCACAACAACCACAGUCACGACUUCAAAAACCACAGAAUCUCCCACAGCAACCACAGCUGCUCUCACAACAACCACAGCUGCCCCAAAAACAACCACAGCUGCUCCCACAACAACUACAGCUGCUCUCACAACAACCACAUCUGCUCCCACAACAACCACAGCUGCUCCCGCAACUACCACAGCUGCUCCAACAACAACCACAGCUGCUCCAACAACAACCACAGCUAAUCCCACAACAACGACAGCUACUUACACAACAUCCUCAGGUGUUCCAACAGCAACGACAGCUGCUCCAUCAAAAACCACAGAAUCUCCCACAACAACCACAGAAGCACCCACAACAACCAUAGCAUAUCCAACAACAACCCCAGCUGCUCCCAUAACAACCACAGCUGCUCUUACAACAACCACAGCAACUUUCACAACAACCACAGCUAUUCCCACAACAACGACAGCUACUUACACAACAUUCUCAGAUGUUCCCACAACAACCACUGUUGCUCCCACAACAAACACAGCUGCUCCCACAACAAACACAGCGGCUCCCACAACAACCACAGCUGCUCCCACAACAACCACAGCUCUUCUCCCACAACAACCAUACAAGCUCCAACGACUACUACAAUUGGGCUGCUUCAACAGCAACCACACAAUCUUCCACAACAACUACAGCUGCUCUCCCAACAACCACAGCUUCUCCCACAACAAACACAGCUUCUCCAGCAACAACAACAUAUGCUCCCACAUCAACCACUUCUGCUCCCACAACAACCACAGCUGCUCCAGCAACAACCACAGCUGCUCAAGCAACAACAACAUAUGCUGCCACAACAACCACUUCUGCUCCAGCAACAACUACAGCUGCUCCCAAAACCACCACAGCUGCUGCCACAACAACCACAGCUGCUCCAAGAACAACAACAGCUGCUCUGACCACAGUUACAACAGGUUAUUCAACCACUACCACAACACCGGCCCCUCCACCACCAGAGGUUAA